AUGUUGCUGCAAGGCGACGAGGGCGGUGUCAUUCAAGGCUGGGGCUCGCGGGAUGAAGUCCUCUUCCUGGUGAUAACUCUGACCCAAAGCUGGCUGAUCUUAGUCACUCGCAUCACUGCGUCGAUGUUCAGCAAUCGACCCUUUGCUCUUCUAGCUGGUGCUGUGCUGGUUGUUGAUGUGUCCGGGUUUCUGAUGGCUCACUUCAGCGCUUUCUGCACACCAACAUCGGCAUUGACUAUCCUCAGAGUCUGGAUCCUGGUCUACGGGGUGGGCUGUGUGAACGCGAUGGUGUAUAUCCUGCUGCACGACUCUGAGGGAUUUGACAACCUCAUGCACGGCCGCAGUCUCCGCAACAAGGGGAAAGAUCGUUCCUGGGAGGACUUUGGUAAGCUGAAACCAAAUGUUCCUAAGUGUCUACUCCAGGGAACUAAUGGAUCCAAGGCCUUGCCAUGCAACGUAUGGCCGCUCAGCAUGAAAGAAAAAAUUGGGUAG